GAAAGCAAAACACCAUUCGAUUACAUAACUGAUGUGCAGGAGCUAUAUAGAAAAAUACAUGAAUUUUAUAGAGAUCUGCCUAGUUUUAAGAAAAGAAAAAAAACGAAGAAAACAGAGGGGGGUACAUCCAAAAGUGGCGAGGAGAGAGGGAGACGAAACAAACGAGAACAAGCAAGGUAGGCAAGAACCAAAACAGGCGAGGCGGCGAGGGACCAGCGUGCAAAGCGAAGGCGACCAAGCAGGCAAGCCUCCCUGCCGACCAGCGACUGGCGUGCUGCGUGCCGGACAGACGGAGGAGGAGGAAAGCCGAAAGCACCAACUCCCCCUCUCGAGUCUCGUCUCCUCCACUCCACUGCACUCGGCGCUCCACUCCACUUCCUCCCUCGGUCGCUUACGCAGCUUCCAACGAUUCCAUUCCCAGCUCCCUCCUCAUCCUUUCCGUUCCUCCCAUCCCCCACCCAACCCGUUUCAAAUCGCACCAAAACCCCCCUCGAAGACCUGGAGCGAGGCCUGCCCCUUCCGCGCUCGCCCCUGCCAGGUGUAGAUCCCCCAUUCCUGUCGCUCGCUCGCCGCCGGCCGGAUUCCUGAUCCGACGGGAGGUCUUGUGCGGAGGCGGGAGGCGCUGUUGCGUGCCUGCCUGAUCGGUUCCUGCUUCCUGCGAGUUGGUGGUGGUGCGGCGGCGGCGGCGGGUUCUGGCAUGGGGUUGCGCUGCCGGGGCAUUUCCUCGACCAGGCGGUGGGCGGCGGCCUAAGAUGCGAGGGCGGCUGGCCCGGGGAGUGGGGCACCAGGUCGGGGAUAGCUUCUCGCCGUGCGCCAGCCUCCGCCUGCUCAUGCUGCCGGCCGCCCGGGGCCCUCGGCGACGGGCAUUGGGGCGCGCUCUCCCCGCGAGGUGCUGACGCUGACGCGCGCGCGGCGCUACUAGCCGCCAGCCGCCCGCCAUGGGCAACAGCACGUCCCGGGUCGUCGGCUGCUUCGCGCCGCCCGACAAGGCCGGCGGCAUCGACCUCGACUUCCUCGAGCCGCUCGACGAAGGGCUCGGCCACUCCUUCUGCUACGUCCGCCCGGGCGCCGUCGCCGACUCGCCCGCGAUCACGCCCUCCAACUCCGAGCGCUACACGCUCGACUCCAGCGUCAUGGACUCGGAGACCCGCAGCGGGUCCUUCCGCCAGGAGCCCGCCGACGACCUGGCCGCCGCCGCAGCCGCCGGCCUGCAGCGGCCCUGCAGGAGCUUCGGCGAGACCACCUUCCGGACCAUCUCGGGGGCCUCCGUCAGCGCGAACGCGUCCUCCGCCAGGACGGGCACCCUCACCGUCUCCCUUAUACGUGACGUGCAGGAGCCCGCCGCCGCGUUCGAGAGCACCGCCUCCUUCGCCGCCGUGCCCUUGCAGCCGGUGCCGCGGGGGUCGGGCCCGCUCAACACCUUCUUGUCGGGGCCGCUGGAGAGAGGGUUCGCCUCCGGCCCGCUGGACAAAGGCUCCGGCUUCAUGUCUGGGCCAUUGGACAAGGGAGCCUUCAUGUCAGGCCCCAUCGAUGCUGGCAGCAGAAGCAACUUCUCAGCACCUCUUUCCUAUGGACGGAGGAAGCCUCGUCUGAGGCUUCUUGUACAUAGGAUUAGUAGACCCAUGAAAACCGCACUGUCCAGAACAUUCAGCAGGAGCUCACAAAAUCCAGGCUGGGUUCAAAAGUUUCUGUCGCAUCCUAUGUCUCAACUGCCCUGGGCAAGGGACGCAAAGUCCAGAUCAGAAGGUUCACAGGAUGGAUUGGAAUCUGGGAUACCCGAGCCUGAGUAUAACGUGACAAGGAACCUUCAGUGGGCACAUGGAAAGGCAGGGGAAGAUAGGGUUCAUGUUGUUCUAUCCGAAGAGCAAGGAUGGUUGUUCAUUGGAAUUUAUGAUGGAUUUAGUGGCCCUGAUGUGCCUGACUUUUUAAUGAGCAAUCUAUACAAGGCCAUUGAUAGAGAACUGGAAGGAUUGCUCUGGGUUUAUGAAGACAGCUCUGAAAGGAGUGAUCAUGUAUCGACUCAUGAAGAGGGUGGAUUGGUUGCUGCUUCUGUGGAUGCUCCUCAUGAUGAUAGUGGCCAGUGCCAGAGUGACAGUGGGAGACAAGAACUUGGUAAUUUUGGAAAACAAAAUGUAUCACCUGGAAAGGGUUGUGAUGAUAGUGCCUUGCAAUUUCAGCCAAACUGUACCAGCAGUGAAGAGAAAGAUUUGGCUCCACAUGGUUCAAGUAGUGAGAUGUUGGGCAGGGAUGAGAUAGUUGAGGAAAUGGUUGAAGCUGAUCUGGGAAAUGAUCUCCAAAGUAGAGAACCCCACAGCUCGAACAGAGAUCUUUCAGGUACAGAUCUAAACACCAGCUGCAGAUGUGCAACAGAAACCAGUUCCUAUUGUGAUCAGCAUGCCAAAUUCUUGAAAGGAAACAGAAAAAGCAAGCGUCUCUUUGAGCUUCUUCAGAUGGAACUGCUGCAAGAUUAUAACACAAGGUUAUCUAAGGAGCCACCAGAGGAAAGUAAAAUACCAAACUUGCAUGUUACACAGGCAGACACUGCAGAAGCGCGCUCAAGAAACACAGCUGAGGUCUCCAGGUGUUCAUUGGCAGCAACUGGAGAAUGUUUUGAUGAUUCUGAAGGUCUUGGAAGUUCAAGACACGCUGAUAGUGUACUUGGCAUAGGUAUUAAAGAGUGUACAGGGUGUUCUAUAUCUACAUCUUCAUCAGGGCACAAGCAAGUUACGAGAAGAAUUUUAAUCGGAUCAAAGUUGAGGAAGAUGUACAAAAAGCAAAAAAUGUUGCAGAAGAAGUUUUUCCCAUGGAACUAUGAUUGGCACAGAGAUCAACCUCAUGUUGAUGAAAGUGUUAUAAAAUCUUCAGAAGUCACUAGGAGAUGUAAGUCGGGACCAGUAGAACAUGAUGCUGUAUUGAGGGCAAUGUCACGGGCACUUGAAAUAACAGAGGAAGCGUACAUGAAAAUUGUGGAAAAGGAGCUUGAUAGAUACCCAGAGCUUGCAUUAAUGGGUUCGUGUGUCCUUGUAAUGUUAAUGAAGGACCAGGAUGUAUAUGUCAUGAAUCUUGGCGACAGCCGAGCUAUCUUGGCACAGGACAAUGAUCACUUUGAUCAGUACGAUAGCUCAAGUUUCUCAAAAGGAGAUUUACAACAUCGAAAUAGGUCAAGGGAGUCACUUGUCCGUGUGGAGCUUGAUAGGAUAUCGGAAGAGUCGCCGAUGCAUAAUCCUAACAGUCACCUAAACAGCAACGCAAAAGCUAAGGAACUGUCAAUAUGUAGACUAAAAAUGAGAGCGGUUCAAUUGUCAACUGACCAUAGCACGAGUAUUGAGGAGGAAGUCUUGAGGAUUAAAGUAGAACAUCCUGAUGAUCCACAAGCUGUCUUUAAUGGUAGAGUGAAGGGACAGCUGAAGGUUACAAGAGCUUUUGGUGCUGGUUUUCUAAAGAAGCCAAAAUUUAACGAGGCACUACUUGAGAUGUUCCGCAUCGACUAUGUUGGAACAUCACCAUAUAUCAGCUGCAAUCCUGCUGUACUUCACCACCGUCUCUGCGCAAAUGAUAGGUUUCUUGUGCUGUCUUCAGAUGGAUUGUAUCAAUAUUUCAGCAAUGAUGAGGUAGUUUCGCAUGUGCUUUGGUUCAUGGAAAAUGUACCAGAGGGAGACCCAGCGCAAUACCUUGUAGCUGAACUUCUUUGUCGGGCAGCCAAGAAGAAUGGAAUGAAUUUUCACGAGCUACUGGAUAUCCCCCAGGGCGAUCGUCGGAAAUACCAUGACGAUGUUUCUGUUAUGGUAGUCUCGCUUGAAGGAAGAAUCUGGCGAUCUUCUGGAUGAGUGUUUGAAACAUGACCUGGUCUGUUCCUUGCAGCCUUACUUAGUGGUAGUAAAUCUCAAUCAGGAAAGGCACCAAUGUCUUGCUCUGUCUUAAUUUUUCAACCAUGUUUCAAAUUCUGGCAGUCCAUGUGCCUUUUCUUGUCUUCUGCGUUUUGAACUUGCGCUGCAUUCUUGGGCGGUCUGAAUUGACGUAUACAGUUUUUUCACUUUUGAUAUUAGGGAAAAAAGGGGUUCUUUUGAGGGCA